UGUGCGUGUUACUUUAUGUCUCGUGUUGGUUCUGUGAGUUUGUUGACUGGACUAAUCAGCAGGGUCUUUUAUUUUGAAAGUGUGGUCAGGUGACUCGUCAUACGCAGUAUCAUGUGACUUGUUCAGAUUGAUCAUGGCGUCCAGGCCAAACAGGACGUUUGUUUUUAGAAGUUUUACAGCGGUUUUAAAACUUUUAGUAGUUUUAGUCGUGCUAUGUCUGAAUUCAUGCGUUCGGGCUGAAAUACAAAGUGUUGUUGUCGACAAACAGACUGGACAGCUGUCGGUGCUGGAAGGAUAUCGGGACGAUUUUGUGGCCUGGGGGAACUUCACUGAUGACAUUAAAACAUCAGGCUGGUCUUUCUUGGAGAUCACCACCAAUGGCAAGUACAAUGACAGCGUCCAAGCUUAUGCUGCUGGUGCUGUGGAGGCUGCACUCACAUCUCAGCUCAUCUAUAAGCACUGGAUGAACACUUUAAUGAAUUACUGUGGGCCCUUCACGUCUCAAUCUGGUUACUGCGAUCGCCUGAAGGCUUUCAUCGCAGUUAAUCUGCAGUGGGUUCAGGAGCAAAUAGAGACUCAGCCAACUUCACCUUACUGGUACCAGGUGCGUCUGGCGCUGCUGCAGCUGAAAGGUCUGGAGGACAGCUACAACGAUGACCUCACAUUCCCCACAGGCUCCUUCUCUCUCAACCCAUUUGGCUUCCUACUUUUCCAACUGGGUGGGGAUCUUGAGGACUUGGAAUCGGCUCUGAAUAAAUCCAGCGAAACUCGACCGCUUGGAUCUGGUUCCUGCUCUGCUCUCAUUAAGCUGCUGCCAAACAACAAGGAGCUGCUGGUGUCACAUGACACCUGGAACAACUACCAGUCCAUGCUGCGCAUCAUGAAGAAAUACAUCUUUGCUUUUAAUGCUUCUCCUUUAGACAAUUUUCCUCUUCCUGGAGGAACUCAAGCGUUCUCAUCUUACCCUGGAUCGAUCUUCUCUGGAGAUGACUUUUAUAUCCUGAGUAGUGGCUUGGUUACAUUGGAAACCACGAUUGGCAACAACAACCCUGCUCUUUGGAAAUUUGUUCAGCCCAAAGGAACCGUCAUGGAAUGGCUGAGGAACAUUGUUGCUAAUCGACUAGCUUCUAAUGGCAAGCAGUGGGCAGAGAUAUUCAUGAAGUACAACAGUGGCACGUAUAACAACCAGUGGAUGAUUGUGGACUAUAAACACUUUAGUCCAGGAAAGACUGACAUUAAAGAGGAUCUCUUUGUUGUAUUGGAGCAGAUUCCGGGAUUCAUUGUUUACACUGAUAAAACUGAGGAACUUCUGAAGAAAGGAUACUGGGCUAGUUACAACAUACCGUAUUAUGUGGACAUAUUUAAUGCCAGUGGCUGCAAUGAGCUGGUUAAGAAGUUUGGCCCCUGGUUCUCUCUGGACCAGAAUCCUCGGGCUCAGAUAUUCAGGAGAGACCAGACAGCUGUCACAGAUGUGGACUCCAUGAUCCGUCUUAUGAGGUAUAACAACUUCAAGGAAGAUCCACUCUCAAAGUGUCAAGGCUGUAAUCCACCUGAGAAUGGAGAGAAUGCGAUCUCAGCCCGAUCAGACCUGAACCCAGCUAAUGGAACAUAUCCGUUUGGUGCCUUAAGGCAGAGAUCACAUGGAGGAACAGACAUGAAGAUGACAUCGUACGAGAUGUUCAGAGACUAUGGCAUGGUGGCAGUGAGCGGGCCAACCUGGGACCAGGUACCACCCUUCCAGUGGAGCACUUCGCCCUACAAGGACCUGCUGCACAUGGGUCACCCUGAUAUUUGGGCAUUCAAGCCUGUGAAAGUCACUUGGACCCCGUAAUUCUUAUCAUACUGUUUAUUCAAGUGACAUUAUAAAUGUUAAUAAUAUCAGCUGUGCUGUUAAAUGUUUUAAAAAAGGGAAAUACAAUAAUCACUGAUUGUCAGGAGAGUGCUGACAAUAUUCUGCAAGUGUUGCAGGAUAAUGUAGUUUUGCACUGUUGGCAUAAUGUUGAAGAGAGCUUUGAAUGUGAGACAGUGUGACCAAGAAAUGAGAAUUAUUGCUGUUAUUAAGCCAUAAGAACCCAGGCCCAUUUUCCUUAAAGGACUUAAUUAGUUAAGAUCAGACAUAAAACUUUACAAGGAAGAGACUGGGGCACUCAAAGUGCUUGUUACACUGGUGUCACCGUGUGUUCUUAUGGAUUAAGUGGGAGUUUCUGCAUGAAAUUAAUCUGAUUUUUUUGUUUUCAACAUUUUUAUUUCUUAUGCAAAUUAAGUGAAAAUGUAAAUUACAUGAAAUUUAAUUCCAGUGGCAUACUGUGUUACUGUGUUGUAAAUUAUCCUAAAGGUCUGCACCUAAUACUAAUGUUGAUACAUUUUCUGUAACAGUUACGACAAAUGUUCUGGUCACGAAUUCUGCAAUGCAUUUUAUUAAUUUUCUAUUUUUUCAUGUUUUGAAAAUAAACAAUGCCCUGAUUAUUUUCCAUGUAA